CUCAUACUCGUCAUUCCAUAGUCCUCUUAUUAUAUUAGCAGCAGGCCCUGUCUACCAUCAUCCUUUGAUACUCUUCGCGUUGGAGCACUUGCUUUCAUUACCCAUUCCUUGACCUCCCUUCCUCUUAUCAUCCCAAACGUCACAAUGGCCGAUACGAUCGUAGAGCAGCGCAAUGUCUCGCUGCCCGCCCUCGACGGCGGCCUUGACCAACAACUCAACAUUCCCCCUAAGUCCAAAUUACCCGCUGUUGCCAGUGACAUCAGCCCGUCAUGGCUUACCUCCGUCCUCGGCGUGAAAGUCAGAUCAAUCAAGCGUAUGAAUGAGGUACCGGGUACAGCCACUAAGCUAUACGUGACAGCCAAGAACGAGAACGGGGAGAGACGGCUCUGUGUCAAGGGCGGUUUCAACCCGGCCUUCAUUGAGCAGAUGCCCUGGAUUGUCAUGAUAUACCAGCGUGAGGUUGAAUUCUUCAACCGCAUUGCGCCUACACUCAAGGGCAUGGAUCUGCCCAAGGCAUUGUGGGCUGGUUACAACCAAGCGCAAGGCAUUAUCGUCAUGGAAGACCUGGCGGCGCGUGGAUGCACCUUUGGCAAUCCCGUCGAGACCUGGCCUGUGUACCGUGUACGCCAAGGUGUUGAGCAGCUCGCUGCUUUGCACGCCAAGACCUGGGGUGUCCAGCCUGCCGACUACCCCUGGUUAACCUCAGAUUAUGACCAGGCCAUCCUCACACUCAUGCAGACCUACGGCGCCGUUACCAACGGGCCCGAUCGUCCAUAUGUGCACGAAUACUUGCGGGAUCAGGAUCGCAUGAUGGCCGUGUUGAAGAAGCACUACCGCUCGCGGAACCCUAAGUUCCAGUGCCUGCUUCACGGCGAUGCGCAUCUCGGCAACACAUACCUCGACCGCGGCGCCCCGCGCUUCCUCGAUUGGCAGAUGAUCCACAUCGGCAGCGCGUUCCACGACGUCGCUUACUACAUCGCCGGCGCACUGACAGUGGAGAACCGUCGCACCUACGAGUGGAGGCUCCUUGACCACUACCUCUCCAUAUUAGCAAAAUUCGGAGUCAGGGAAAAUCUCAAGACAUCCGACCAGGACCUCCGCAUAGAGUACCGUAAAUCUUUCCUCGCGGGUGUCGGUUGGUUAAUGUGCCCCUAUCAAAUGCAGCCCAGGGAAUGUGUUCACGCAAUGGCUGGUCGAUACGCCGCUGCUCUUGACGACCACAAGGUACUUGAGCUUGUCGAGUCUCUCCCUGAGCCCGAGACUGUUGCGUAAGGGCCUCACUCUACACUUCAUUUGACUGGGCGGGUUGGGCGUAUCGGGGGCUUAGUAUGGACUGUCUUUCUGUAUUGUAUUGUAUUUUGUUUUGUCUGAUUUCACAUGAAAAGAUACCAGAUCGAAUCUGCUGCUGUGUCAGCAGACGAUCAUUUUGAGAUGCGCAGGGGCGCUUUACUGCCCACAACA